ACUAAAAACAAAUAAUUUCCAAAAAUAAAAGUUUAAAAAACAAAUUAUCACCGCUAAUUGUUUUAUUAUUUUCCACGUAUAAAUUAAAUCGUAACGCAUCAAACUUUCCCUCCCCAAUUUCUUUUUCCAAAAUCCAGUCAUUCAUCACUUUUGUUACACAAUGACGCUUACCUAAAUUAUGUCAAAAUGAUGAAACCAACAACAAUAACAAAAAUGGCGUCGAUAUUUUAUGGUUUCUCUCUCCUGCUACUUCUUCUCUCCUCCUCCUCCUCUGUCGCAGUUCACAUUCCGACGACUCUUGAUGGCCCGUUUAAGCCCGUCACCAUGCCGUACGACGUCAGCUUGCGCGGCAACGCCGUCGACUUGCCGGCAUCUGAUUCUAGGGUUCAGCGCCAUGUUAAUGGAUUUCAACCUGAACAGAUUUCGGUUUCUCUUUCCUCUGACUACCAUUCCGUUUGGAUUUCUUGGAUUACAGGGGAGUUCCAGAUAGGUUAUGACAUAAAGCCUUUGAAUCCUGAAUCUGUCAAGAGUAUUGUUCAUUUCGGGACAUUAAAACACCCAUUAACUCAUGAAGCAACUGGGUAUUCUCAAGUCUACAGUCAGCUUUAUCCUUUCGAAGGCCUCCAGAAUUAUACUUCUGGAAUAAUCCACCACGUUCGCCUUACAGGGUUGAAACCUAAUACAUUGUACUACUAUCGUUGUGGAGAUCCCUCUGUACCAGCCAUGAGCAGCUUGUUCCAUUUCAGGACUAUGCCAAUUCCUGGCCCUCGGAAUUACCCUGGAAAAAUAGCAAUUGUUGGUGACUUGGGUCUUACAUAUAACACAACAGCGACUAUUAGUCACAUAUCUAGCAAUCAACCAGAUCUUCUUCUCCUGGUCGGUGAUGUGACUUAUGCAAACCUGUAUCUCACUAAUGGAACUGGCUCUGAUUGUUAUUCCUGUUCCUUUCCAGACAGCCCCAUUCAUGAAACGUAUCAACCGCGUUGGGAUUAUUGGGGAAGGUUUAUGCAGAAUUUGAUAUCUAGAGUUCCAAUAAUGGUGGUUGAAGGGAAUCAUGAAAUAGAGGAACAGGUUGAUCAUCAAACUUUUGCAGCAUACAGUUCACGCUUUGCUUUUCCAUCAGAAGAGAGCGGAUCAUCAUCUACAUUCUACUAUUCUUUCAAUGCUGGGGGGAUACAUUUCAUAAUGCUUGGGGCUUACAUUGCUUACAAUGAAUCAGCUUCCCAAUACAAAUGGUUGGAGAGAGACUUGGCUAAAGUCGACAGAGAUGUAACCCCAUGGUUGGUUGUUUCAUGGCAUCCACCAUGGUAUACUUCUUACAAAGCUCACUACAGAGAAGCAGAGUGCAUGAGAGUUGCGAUGGAACACUUGCUCUAUUCCAAUGGUGUGGAUAUAGUCUUUAAUGGACAUGUACAUGCCUACGAGAGAUCAAACAGAGUAUAUAAUUAUACCCUAGAUCCUUGUGCUCCUCUUCACAUUACAAUAGGGGAUGGAGGUAAUCGAGAGAAGAUGGCAGUUGAACAUGCGGAUGAGCCUGGAAACUGCCCUGAGCCAUCAACUACUCCAGAUAAGUUCAUGGGUGGCUUCUGUGCUGCAAACUUUACAUCUGGUCCAGCUGCAGGGAACUUCUGCUGGGAUCGUCAACCAGAUUACAGUGCAUACAGAGAGAGUAGCUUUGGGCAUGGAAUUCUAGAGGUGAAAAACACAACUUAUGCCCUUUGGACAUGGUACAGGAAUCAAGACAGCGAGAAAGUGGCUGGAGAUCAAAUUUACAUAGUGAGGCAGCCAGAUAUCUGCCCUGUUCGACGAAAGGUAACUAAAGGAUGGUCUGAUGUUAGAUAACUUACUGAAGAAGCUCGCGAUAAUUGUGUACUGGUUGUUAGUAAAAGAAAGCUUUCAUAUGUUGUAACUGUAAGAUUAGACUGGUGGUGGAAAGCGACACCAAGUCCAUAGACCAUAGGUAGUUUUGUAUAGAAGAGGGAUAUUAUGAUGGUGCAGCACCUCAUUGUUUAGGACGGCGUUGGCUGAUAUUGUUGUUGUAUCAUAAUUUAGUAAUUUGUUAGGAAGAUGUAUUUUGCAGUUUGCUGCUUAUGUACAUUUAUCAUUGGUUUUUAAUAAUAAUUUUACCUUAUUUACA